CAGUCCCAGCCUUCCCUGCCUCCAUCAACCAGUCUCAUUAUCCAGAGUGGGCCCUUCUUUGAUCCCUAUCGGGAGUUUGGAGAUGAUGAAACGUCCAGGGGAGAGCAUCGAGGGAGGGGUGUGUGUUUGUGUGUGUACGUGUGUGUGUGAGGGGGCUCUGGGUGGGACAGAUGUCCAAGCCACACGUGCCUUUAAGCACCAAACAACCCCCCCCCCCCCUCCCCCCCCCCCUUUGCACACACACACCUCCCCCUCAAAGCACCCAUCCAGCUCAUGCCACCAAUCCCCCCCAACACACACACACACGCACACACACCCUCCAUGACAGCUGUGGUCCUAGCAGUAGCACAGACAGGGAUGUCUGUCUGCGUCCCAACACUAAUAGCCGCUCCAUUAUGAGGGGUAACUAGAGAUCGUCUGUCCCCCAGGUACACACACACACAUACACAAACAUGUGAACACACACACAAUCUGACAGACACUUCUGCAAUUUACGAGAAGGUUUCAUACCAAAUGCCAUUGAUUAUUUGGUUUUUCUAAAAAUGUAAUUCAUCUCUGCACAAUGCAUGCCAUUUCAGUGUAUAGCCUACCAAAUUCUUACCUGGUCUACCUUAUGAACCCAUGUUGACAUAGACUAUCUGCCAUGUUGAGUAGAUUUAUAAAACCAAUAAGGCAAUUUUACAAGAACCAAAUAACCCCAAUUGCUUACUGCUUUCAGCUCAUUACCCUCAAUUGGACAAAUCAGCUUUGAUUUUCCUUAAACAAAAGAGAGAGAGAGAGAGAGAGGGAGAGAGAAAGAGAGAGGGAGAGAGAGACUGUGAGAGAGAGUGAGAGAGAGAGAGAGGGAAAGAAAGAGGAAGAGAGAGAAGAGAGAGAGGUAGCCACAGUAGUGUCUCUGUUUGUGGGAAAGGGUAUUGACGCACAAAUAUCAUACCCCCAAGACAUGCUAACCUCUCACCAUUACAAUAACGGGGGAGGGGGUAUGAUAUUUGUUAGUCUGUAACUUCCUCACUCAUCAUUAUUCACAAUUCAUUCAGGAUUGUCUGUAAUCAUGGUAGCAUCCACAUUAAUGUAGAAGUAUUUAGAAACACAUUCUACUCUUAUUUACAAUACAAGUGACUCCAAAAUGACAAUACAUUAUUUACCAUUAAUUUCUAUUGGGCACAAAAUAAUCUAAAACACAACCAAAAUGAACAGCAAAUGCAUCCAACAAAUUUGUAGAGUCACAAGCUUGAUGUAGUCAUUGCAUGCUAUGAAUAUGCGACCAAAUACUUACCUAUUAAGUGAAUUUGUCCCAAUACUUUUGGUCCCCUAAAAUAGGAGGGACUAUGUACAAAAUGUGCUGUAAUUUCUAAACGGUUCACCCGAUAUGGAUGAAAAUACCCUUAAAUUAAAGCUGACAGUCUGCACUUUAACCUCAUAGUCACCGUAUUCCAAAGUGCUGGAAUACAGAGCCAAAACAAAAAAACAAAUUGUCACUGUCCCAAUACUUUUGGAGCUGACUGUAUAACACCCCACCCAGCAGACUGUCGACCAAUCGUGUUCACGUUGUCACGUUGCGUAACGCGGCUGCUAAGCUAUUCAUCACACAAUCCCUUCUCAAAGUCAGGGUAUGAGUCAAGAAACGUGCCUAUUUUCCUCGAAAGUAUGUAAUGUCACAAUUCCAAAGCUGUACAAUAUUACAGAUAGCAAGUUAAAUAUCUCACAUCUCUGAAAAUAUUUGUAAUGUUGGACUUCUUGUUGACAAAAUUCAUGCUAAUGUUCGGUUUUUGAGCUAGUGCCCAAUUGACUCCCAUUCACUCCUUGAAGGAGAGCUCUCCGUGUCCCAGAAUUGCCCAGAAUGCACCACGUGGCCCCAAUGAUGUAGCAUGGGCAACGUACACAAUGGGUAUUAAUAUGAUUCCAACUGAGUUUCCCAUCUCCUCAAAAGUAGCUCUGGCUCUGCUCAACGAACGAAGAGACAUGAGAAAGCAGUUAGCUGUUAGCUACUUUAAAGGUCACACUAAACCCCGACAAAAAUCAAGGAACAUUAUAUUUGACGAGGUUUAAGCACUUCUGACACCAUGUUAUGAUCUUAGUCAGAUAUGGCUGUACUGUGCAGCAGAGCACGAGCAAAUGACUCAACUUCAAAAUGUUUGUGAUCAAUUUAGUGAUACCCGAGCCCUGCCCGUACCCUAGUUAUUGAUGAAAAAACAGUCCCUACCUGGCCCUAACCCGAUGUAUAACGUCGGGGCCCUCGGGCUCGCAUCGGGUAGCAGAACUCUAAUGUCACUGUCACUCAAUGUGUGUAUGUGUGGCUGCAUGUGUAUUUGUGUCUUAAGAAAUAAUUUACAGGCCAAUCCUAGAGUAAAGUGUAGGGCCCAGAAGCCCAUGGGGCCCCCAUGGGGAGGCCCUUAAGGCAUACUAUCUGCACACCACCCCCACCCCCACCCCCAGUCCCACCCACCAACAGUCACUAUUAUUGAUCACCAAUUCGGGGACCCCUCCAAUACACUCAAUCCCCCCACCCCCUAUACAUCUGUCUAUGCAUCUGGUUUCCGAGACAAAAUAAACAUACAUCUCCCUCAUAGAGAAAACGGACAUGCAAACCAUAAAGCCAUAUAGACUGGGUUUCAUGUCUGAACAAUAUGUCAAAGUUGACAUUCUGACAUUCUUGGGGGGUGGGGUGGAUGGGCCUAGGCCUAUUUAAUUCAACACAGGAGAUGAGGCAAAGAUUGCAUACAUUGACCUUUUCAUUAUAGGCACUGGCCGGUUUCAUUGAAUGUCAAACACACCCCAUUGAUACAGCACAGGAGACGGAGGCUUAGACGGCUAUGAAUAAACUAUGACUUUGGGUAAAUCCAAAGUCGUAUAAUGUAUUAGGAUUUGAAUCUCCGAUUUCGAAUCGUAUCAGGGGUCUAGUGGGCUUGUUAAAGUGUGUGUGAGGAUAUUAUGUUUCACUGGUUCUAAAUCAGAUCAAUGCUUGAGGAUGAUAAAAUGCAGCGAUUAGUGCGUGUGGAGGCCUCAAUAACCCGUCUCCUGUGUGUGUGUGAGUUUGUGCGUGCGUGUGUUUGUGUGACAGAUUGCCUCAUAUCAGCUUGAGAUGCAAGAGGACAGAUUGUCAGAUGACCGCCUCAAACCCCCACACAACAGAGCCUGGAACACCUCUCUCUCUCUCUCUCUCUCUCUCUCUCUCUCUCUCUCUCUCUCAGCCUGAGAUCAUCCGUCAUUCUCUGUCUCUCUCUCUCUCCAUCCAUGAGUAGGGCUGCUGAAAAUUACUGACGCUUGUCAGGAGGAAAAAAACACACACAAGCAUCUUCCUGAACAUCUGAUGAACAUUUGAUGAUAACGAUAAAGUGGAUUUUUAAUUAAAAGUGAGCCGCCUGCCUGCCCCAAGCAUUUAUAUCAAAUCAGGAGCACAAACAAUGCACUGAUAUAUUAGCAAGGACCUGACAUUGAAUAGUGUCGUUGUAGUGGGGGCAUAUUUAAAGUGUGACACAUCACAAAGAGUCAUUCGCCGGUCACUGGUGAAGAGAUUGAUUUCAUAAAUAUGCGCAGCUUAUUUUCUUUGUUCGAUUCAAUGUAAUGGAUAUGUUUGCAUGUCGAUGACUGAGUGGUAAGCUUAGACUUGCUAUUUGUCAUUCUGUAUGACUAGCGUAUUUGUCAUUAGUGUACACACACAGCUAUAUUGGCUGAGAGAUGCACGUUGACAGCUAACUCAAACAGAUGUACCUUGUGAUUGUUGAGUGUAAAAUGUAAUGGCACUGGAGGAGAUGGCUGCCGUUUUACGGGCUCCUAACCAAUUGUGCUAUUGUGUGUGUUUUUUCACGUUAUUUGUAACUUAUUUUGUACAUAAUGUUUCUGCCACCGUCUCUUAUGACCGAAAAGAGCUUCUGGAUAUCAGGACAGCGAUUACUCACCUAGUACUGGAUGAAGAUAUUUUCUUUAACGAGUCGGACACAAAGGAUUUACUUCAGACAGCCGACAAGGCCCAAAUCCCUGUCAUUCGCAUGAAGAAGAGACGCAGAUAUCGGGGACGUAGGUCGGGGUGCCUUGUAAGGAUCCGACGGUGAGUGGGUAAUCUGCCUCUACCAUCAGUCCUAUUAGCCAACGUACAAUCAUUGGAUAAUAAAAUGGAUGAGCUCUGAUCAAAAAUAUUCUACCAACGGGACAUUAAAAUCUGUAAUAUCUUAUGUUUCACCGAGUAAUGGCUGAAUGAUGACAUGGAUAACAUACAGCUGGCGGGGUUUUCGGUGCAUCGGAAAGAUAGAACAGCUGCCUCCGGUAAGACAAGGGGUGGCGGUCUGUGUAUAUUUGUAAAUAUCAGCUGGUGCACGAAAUCUAAUAUUAAGGAAGUCUCAAGGUUUUGCUCGCCUGAGGUAGAGUAUCUCAUGAUAAGCUGUAGACCACACUAUCUCCCAAGAGAGUUUUCAUCUACAUUUUUUGAGGCUGUCUAUUUACCACCACAAACCGAUGCUGGCACUAAGACCGCACUCAAUGAACUGUAUACGGCCAUAAGCAAACAGGAAAACGCUCAUGCAGAGGUGGCGCUCCUAGUGGCCGGGGACUUUAAUGCAGGGAAACUUCAAUCCGUUUUACCUCAUUUCUACCAGCAAGUUAAAUGUGCAACCAGAGGGAAAACAACUCUAGACCACCUUUACUCCACACACAGAGACGCGUACAAAGCUCUCCCUCGCCAUCCAUUUGGAAAAUCUGACCAUAAUUCUAUCCUCAUGAUUCCUGCUUACAAGCAAAGACUACAAAGGGAGGCACAGCCGCGAGCUGCCCAGUGACACAAGCCUACCAGACGAGCUAAAUUAUUGCUAUGCUCGCUUCGAGGCAAGUAACACUGAAACAUGCAUGAGAGGAUCAGGUGUUCCGGAUGACUGUGUGAUCAUGUUCUCCAUAGCCGAUGUGAGUAAGACCUUUAAACAGGUCAACAUUCACAAGGCCGCAGGGCCAGACGGAUUACCAGGACGUGUACUCCGAGCAUGCGCUGACCAACUGGCAAGUGUCUUCACUGACAUUUUCAACCUCUCCCUGUCUGAGUCUGUAAUACCAACAUGUUUCAAGCAGACCACCAUAGUCCCUGUGCCCAAGAACACUAAGGUAACCUACCUAAAUGACCACCGACCCGUAGCACUCACGUCUGUAGCUAUGAAGUGCUUUGAAAGGCUGGUCAUGGCUCACAUCAACACCAUUAUCCCAGAAACCCUAGACCCACUCCAAUUUGCAUAUCGCCCCAAUAGAUCCACAGAUGAUGCAAUCUCUAUUGCGCUCGACACUGCCCUUUCACACCUGGACUAUGUGAGAAUGCUAUUCAUUGACUACAGCUCAGCGUUCAACACAAUAGUGCCCUCAAAGCUCAUCACUAAGCUAAAGACCCUGGGACUAAACACCUCCCUCUGCAACUGGAUCCUGGACUUCCUGACAGGCCACCCCCAGGUGGUAAGGGUAGGUAACAACACAUCCACCACGCUGAUCCUCAACACGGGGGCCCCUCAGAGGUGCGUGCUCAGUCCCCUCCUGUACUCCCUGUUCACUCAUGACUGCAUGGGCAGGCACGACUCCAACACCAUCAUUACGUUUGCCGAUGACACAACAGUGGUAGGCCUGAUCACCGACAAUGUCAAUACAGCCUAUAGGGAGGAGGUCAGAGACCUGGCCGUGUGGUGCCAGGACAACAAACUCUCCCUCAACGUGAUCAAGACAAAGGAGAUGAUUGUGGAAAAAGAAGAGGACCGAGCACGCCCCCAUUCUCAUUGAUGGGGCUGUAGUGCAGCAGGUCGAGAGCUUCAAGUUCCUUGGUGUCCACAUCACCAACAAACUAACAUGGUCCAAGCACACCAAGACAGUCUUGAAGAGGGCACGACAAAACCUAUUCCCCCUAAGGAGACUGAAAAGUUUUGGCAUGGGUCCUCAGAUUCAGUUCUACAGCUGCACCAUCGAGAGCAUCCUGACUGGUUGCAUCACCGCAACCAGUCAGGAUGGGUAGUACAUAUGGCCCAGUACAUCACUGGGGCCAAGCUUCCUGCCAUCCAGGACCUCUAUACCAGGCAGUAUCAGAGGAAGGCCCUAAAAAUUGCCAAAAACUCCAUUGACUGUUACGGCAAGUGGUACCAGAGCGCCAAGCUUCUACCCCCAAGCCAUAAGACUCUUGAACAGCUAAUCAAAUGGCUACCCGGACUAUUUGCAUUGUUGUCGUCCCCCCACCCCCACUUUUACGCUGCUGCUACUCUCUGUUUGUUAUCUAUGCAUAGUCACUUUACCUCUACCUACAUGUACAUAUUAGCUCAAUUACCUCGACUAACCUGUGCCACCGCACAUUGACUCUGUACCGGUACCCCCUGUAUAUAGCCUCACUACUGUUAUUUUACAGCUGCUCUUUAAUUAUUUGUUAUUUUUCUUCUUUUACUUUAUUUGUAUUUUUUACUUAUCUAUUUUUUACUUAACUCUUAUUUUUCUUAAAACUGCAUUGUUGGUUAAGGGUUGUAAGUAAGCAUUUCACUGUAACACGUGACAAAUACAAUUUGAUUUGAUUUGAUUUGAAAAGCUCUAGCUCACUUAAAAACGGCUUCUGAGAUGAGAAAUAUAUUUUUGUUAGUUGAUAGAUGGAAUAGGGUUUCCUUCAUUAGGGUCUACAUUUCUAAUGACAGGUGUGUCUCCAUACAGUACUUCACCUUGUUUUGUUUAUAAGCAAUUAUUGUGUAUCUGUGUGUGUUUGUUUGCAUAUCUGUGUGUGCAUGUCUCUCGGCUUGUGUCGUGUGUCCCUCUCUGUGCGUCCCUGUGUGUGUGUUUCACCCUCCUAAUUGAAGUGGACCGUGCAGGCCUGGCGGUAGGGAUUAUACCUGGCUUUGUUGAGGGGCUUCCCCCGAAGGGGCGUCAGUACUGGCAGGUGAAGGGUCACCUGCUUAAUCUUGCCCCCCAGGGGCUUUAUGGGUAAUUGCCAGUGCCUCAUCAAGUUUCUGUGGAGCCCUCUUCUCUCAAAGCUGCUGGCUUAUGGGCCCUGGUCAAAAGUAGUGCACUAAAUAGGCAAUAGGCUGCCAUUUGUGAUCCAUCCAGUGAAGCAAAGACGAGGGAGGAGAGCGAGGAGAGGUAUCCAGGGACCUAGGAGCAAGGGCCCCUUGCAUCGGGUGUGACAGGUCAACGCAAGCUUUCCCUAACCCUGUGGCACUCCAAUCCGGACCCGGGAAGUAGCAAGCUAAAUAGGUUCCCCCAAACCACAUGCCGUGACUGGACGGGUUCCUGAGUAGUUUUGGUGGUGCACUGUUUUGGUCUGGGUUAAUGAAGGUUUGGUUAAGGUUGAUAUGAUGUUGGGAUAAGGUCAGGGGCUAUGUGUGUUGUGUGUGUUGUGUGUGUGUGUGUGUGUGUGUGUGUGUGUGUGUGUGUGUGUGUGUGUAGGAGGGAGGGAGGGAGGGAGGGAGGGAGGGAGGGAGGGAGGGAGGGAGGGAGGGAGGGAGAGCGAGGGUCCCAAAGGCUGUGUGGUCCACUCCAAUGAUUGGAGUCUAGGGAAAGGGGCAGUAGUAUGGGAGCUAACAUAUACCCUAUGGACAAGUAUACAUGCACUAGGCAAGGGCUUAGAAAUAGCAAUGAUAUACUCAUAAAUAAGAUGAGGUAAAGGCACUACAAUCUACCAUCGUCAAGGAGAUGGAGACGUUGAGCGGUUUAACACCAGUCUCAACAGUUUAUUCACCCCAGAAAACCUCUCUUCCAGCAUAUAUGUCUGUGGCACUGUUGGGUGGAAAUAAAACACAUCCCCCAUUCUCUCUCAAUCUGACACUGAUCUGGCAUGACCUUGCUUAUCAACAAAACAUGCUGAUGUAUGGAGAUACACACACACGCACCCACACACACGAGAAGGGACGCCACGCUAUCUUGACAUUUUGAGAAAUGAUCACAAAUGUAAGCGAUGAGAUGGCCCCAUUGACAGAGAUAGGGAGUGAGUCCUCAUAAGGUAGGUAACCCAUCAUCAGUAUAGAUAAAGAGUGUCCUCAUAAUGGAGGUUAGCCAUGACAGAGAUUGGGAGUGUCCCCAUAAGUCCCCAUAAGGAUGGUUAUGGUAAUGUCCUCAGGUUUUGUUGGCUUUUCUCAUCCUUCAUUAAAGGAGCGAGUUGUCAUUAAUCAGAUAGACUAAGCUCAAAACCACCCUGCUGGGGUGACAUUGCGGGGACAUUAACACUGUAAUUUAGUCACUAAUGACCAGCACAACCCCCCAGGGUAAGCGCAUACACGCAUGUAUAUGCAAAUACACACACACAGAUUCGUCCCUUAAAGAUCUGUGGAUUGAGUUUGAGAGGAAUUCAUUACUGUAAAACAAGGCAGUUGCAGGGUACUGAAAUGGGACCUACCAUCGCUCUCUAUUGAAUCAGUUGCAGGGUACUGAAAUGGGACCUACCAUCGCUCUCUAUUGAAUCAGUUGUAGGGUAUUGCAAUGGGACACACCUGUGAGCUGUUUUCAGCACUGAGUUAACACUAGUAUUUUUCUCGUCUCAUAGUGAGAAAUAAUAGUCGCCACCUCCGUCCCUGGUGGAGUGUUCAGCAAUUAGUCUAGUGUUAAUUAGUCUCACUCACACUAAGUGAGAAGAUAGGAAUAACACGUUUUCUCGGUUCGCUAAGGGAUAGUGAUGCUUUUUGUGUGACUUAAAGCUUUUUAAUCGGAACAUUUGAAUAAUAGACAAUAUAAUACUUGAGCGCUGUUGCAAUUAAUGCCUUCCAACUUUUUUGGGGAGGAAAACUUUUUGGACGGAAAUCUUACCUCUGAUCAUUUUACUGGCAGAUUUGACCGCUCCGCUCUUUCCAUACUCACGGGAGCAGGUUCAGUGUGGCCGUAGUGAGAACAUGUACGCAUUGAUAUAACUUAUGAAUAUUCCUAAUCAGGUUAUCAUAAUGUAUGCAACACAUUCACCCCCAAAACUCUCUCACACAUCAAUAAAUCAUCUACCAGCCUUGAUGUCCGAAUCUGAAAUUCACUCACAUUUGCAAAGAUGAGUGUGCGAUUUUGUGUAGAAUGUUGAGUAACUUUAGAAGGCGAAGACACCCCCUAUUUUCACAAGUUUCCCAUCGGCUAACUGUGGGACAGAAGCUGACGUGAAAGGGAAUUUUUGGCAGGGUCCAUUUUACAAAAGGGGGGUUAAGGGGCAAUAUUUGAGAAGGAUAGGAGCCUGGGGUUAGACAGUGAUCCCUCUCAUAGUUUAGGUACCCCCCCAGCCCCCCCCCCCCCCCCAAAUCCCUAGAGUGGCUUAGGCCAGGCUGCUAGCUCGAAGGCAAGUGAGGCUUUGGCCUCUUUAGGUAGGCCACUGUAUGUCAAGAUCUCAUCUGGGAACAACAAAAGCCUGGAUCACACCUGAAACCUGAUAGGGACUCAAAAAGAGAAGGAGAGAAAGAACAAGGAAAGAGGGAGAGAAAGAAAAUGCCUUCAGGUAGCAACAGCAAGCAGAAGGCUUAAGAAAGAUGCAGGGGAGAAAGAGGGAUGUUGGGAAUGAAGGAUGGAGGGGGGGGACUGACCGAAGACACCUUACAGGCAGAUCCAUCAUGCAUUAUUAAUAGGUAGAUAGAGAACAUGAGAGCGCGAGAGAGAGAGCGCGAGAGAGAGAGAGAGAGAGAGAGAGAGAGAGAGAGAGAGGGGGAGAGAGAGAGAGAGAGAGAGAGAGGGAGAGAGGGAGAGAGAGGAGAGAGAGAGAGAGAGAGAGGGAGGGAGAGAGCAGUGACGUGCGGUGCGAUUGGUGGCUGGGUAGGCACUGGCGAUUAUCAAUGCCAGAUAUACUCACAAAUAAACCUUGAUGAAGCCCAAGUUCACCGUACAACAGAUAGCUCCAACAACCAGAGUGACAUAGACUAUAACCCCCCCCAAACAAAAAAAACACUAAAUGUAAAUACCAAUGUAGCCAGGAUACACAAGCGAUAGCCUGCGAUGGCGGCAUAUUCCAUAUCAACCGACAAAAUGACACUGCUCAACUCAUCUCAACUCAGCUCAGCCAUAGACACUAAAAGUUCAAUAUAUGGACACAUUUAAUCCGAAUAGUUAGCCUUUCACAAUGCAUUCCAAUGCACUGCACACAAACACACACACACACACACACAUAUUAUUACACACAACUAAAUGUAUAUAUAUUAUAAAUAAGGUUCUAACGAAAUUUCCAUAUCAACAAUCAAAAUGACAAAAAAAAUGCAGUUUAAAACGUCAAAAAAGUGUCUCAUCAAAACAAAAUUCAAGCUUUAUAAAUCAAAUAUAUCAAAGGGAUGUUGUGUAUUCUCAUGUUCAUUUAAACAGUAGCCUAACCCGCAAAUUGCAAAGGACAAUGCAAUUAAUUAGGCCUACCUUUACUUUUAAAUGAAGUUCAUUCGUCUGUCCUUCAGGCCGAACCUCUCAGUGUGACAGCGUUUCAGGGCCCAGGAUGACAAAAUGAUAAAACAUGGCUUCCAUUUGAACACUGAUAUUGUCCAAAAUGCUUUAAAACAUUCCUCUCAUCUCUGAUUGGCUGUCUGCGCCGGGCUGCUGUGUCAGGCCGAGUGUGGUACAUUAUAUUGGAUUAUUUUAUGUCCCUUCCUCUGAUGGUCAGGAAGUGCAGGUGUUGGUCUCCCUCUCUGAAUUAUAUCAAGUUAUCCUUGGAAAUUUUGGAGGUGCAGUACAGUGUCCAUUUGUCAGGUUGUUUUUUUCUAGCUAGCUUAAUUAAUUUCAAGGGAUGCGGGUGCCAAAUUAUGUAGACACGGCCAAAUGAACAGAGCUUACCAAAUGAACAGAGCUUACCCACACAACAUGUUUAGGCAAUACGCAUGCACAAAAUAUGAAAUUGGCUCAAUGUAAUGAAUGAUGCUAGGCAAAGCAGUGAGGCCUAUGAUGACCCUGUCCAUCGACAGUGACUGGAAUCAGGAAUGGCCGCGAGUGUCAACGAUUUGAAUGGAUUUGAAUUGAUGGAAAGGAAGGCAUGAAUACCCUGGCAUGUUUCCUGAGGGUUUGAUGCAGUUUUAGCACAUUCUGAGAUUUUGAGCAUAAAAACAUUUUAAAAAACAGAAACAUAAAAAAUAUAAAAAUAAUGAAACAGCUUUUCAUAACAGCUUUUCUUAUUAGAUUAUCACAGGGUAAACACUGCCACUGAAAGAGAGACAGUGUCUUGUUUUGUUGUUCGCCUGAGACCAAAUGAUGAUUGGCCGCAGCAGGCCUCUCAGUGAGCUGGUAAUUUAGCUCUUCAUGUGAUUGGCUGACACACACACACACAUUGUUGACCCUGAGAGUUGAAGUUACCCCUAAGCACUGAUCCAAGGUCAUAUACUCCCAUUUUACUCCCAAUGGUUAAAGUUGGGACUAACAGAUGGGUAAGAUGUCUCUAGAUCUGUCAUUAAGGGCAACUUCUACCCAAAGCACUGAAACUACCUAGAACUCUAUCCAAUCGUCUCUUAUCACUAGCCACUUGUGGCCUAAGUGAAAUACGACCAAAUACCAACUCCACUAUCCUCAUAGUUAUUUUUAACACACUGAUACAGGCUACUGACAUUUUCCAACAGACUCCAUUCAGUUUAAUCCAUAUCAGCAGCAGUCUGGUAUUACAGUAUAUUGGAUCGAGUCCAAAGCAAUAUCCCUUCUGCUCAUAAACUUUAUCCUCACGGAACUUUAUCCUCUGGUGCUAGCUUAAGGGCAUAGCCAGAUUGAGGGAAGAAGAAGGGUUGAUGGUUGAUUGCAUCUGGCAUGUAGGUGUAGAGAGGCACUGGCUGGUAGAGAGAGGGUGGUUGGUUAUUAUUGGUAGAGUUUAUGUUAUUGGUGUGCGUGGUUGUAUGUGUGUGAGAGUGUGUAGGUGUGUUUGUGAGUAUUUCUGUAAGCUUUUGUCUUAUGCUCUGUGUGCAAGUGUGUGUACAUGUUUGUCUCUUUUGUAUGUUCUGUAAGUGUUUGUAUUUCUGUCUCAUGCAUAUGGGUGUGUAUGUGUCUGGGGAGUGUGUUGGGCCGAUUUAAUAAUUCAUCCACUUUGUGUCAGAAAGCAGCUUGUCCAUUAUUGAUGAGCCGCAAUUCCACACACACACACAUUCAGGACAUUGAGUCAAUGAAGACCAUAGGGAGGCAACACACACACACACACACAUUUUUUUAUCACAAGUCAUAUCAUUAUUAUCUCAGUAUUGAGGGGCUUUGGGUCAUUCAACUAAAUCAUACACUGAGAGCCGCUCUUGCUUGUUGAAUUUAAUCUGUUUUGCAUUCACCCCUUAUUUAACAAGACUUGAUAGCGGAGGCAGCUAAGCUUUAUGGCAUACAGUUCGUACUUACACAUGAAACUUAGCCUACAUUAUAAUGCAUUUAUGCAGCCACCCUGUACAGUGAAAGAUGUGGUAGACUACCCUAACUUAUGAAUUCUGAUGUGGACUUUCACGGUAUCUUUGUGUCUGUCCCUGACAGAGGGAAAGGUGGAGCUAUUAUGAUCUUGCUAUUACCUUUCCAAUCGUAUUGCAUCAGGGGGUUAGGGGUUGAUUUGGAAUUGGGUACUAGGCGUAGUGGUCUGUAUCUCCCUCUCUCUAUUCAAUUCCAUCUGUAAUUUUGCUUUAUUGGCAAAAAAUACGUAUUAUAAUUAUAAGAAUGAAUGAUUGCUGUAUAAUAACAAUUGACCUCCCUCUCCCUCCUCUCUCUUACCUCCAGUCCUGAGGGAUGACUUCAGGCAGACACCCAGUGACGUGGUCGUGGCGGCGGGGGAGCCGGCGGUCAUGGAGUGCAUCCCCCCGCGGGGCCACCCAGAGCCCACCAUCUCCUGGAAGAGGAACAACAUGAAGGUCAACGACCAUGACGAGAGGAUCACCGUGAGUCCUAUCCAUCUGUCUAUAGACCUCUGUUUCAUCCUUCUAUACUUUCAUUGUUGUGGCUAUCCCAAAAAGGAGGCCUGUACAGUACAUUCGGAAAGUAUUCAGACCCCUUGACUUUUUCCACAUUUUGUUAUGUUACAGCCUUAUUCUAAAAUUGAUGAAAUUGUUUUUUUCCCCUCAUCAAUCUACACACAAUACCCCAUAAUGACAAAGCAAAAACAGGCUUUUAGAGAUUUUAGCAAAUUUACGGAAAUAUCACAUUUACAUGUGACCCUUUAGUCAGUACUUUGUGGAAGCACCUUUGGCACCUUUGGGUAUGAUGCUAGAAGUUUGGCAAACCUGUAUUUAGGGAGUUUCUCCCAUUCUUCUCUGCAGAUCCUCUCAAGCUCUGUCAGGUUGGAUGGGGAGCGUCGCUGCACAGCUAUUUUCAGGUCUUUCCAGAGAUGUUCGAUCGGGUUCAAGUCCGGGCUCUGGCUGGGCCACUCAAGGACAUUCAGAGACUUGUCCCGAAGCCACUCCUGCGUUGUCUUGGCUGUGUGCUUAGGGUCGUUGUCCUGUUGGAAGGUGAACCUUCGCCCCAGUCUGAGGUCCUGAGCGUCUGGAGCAGGUUUUCAUCAAGGAUGUCUCUGUACUUUGCUCCAUUCAUCUUUACCUCGAUCCUGACUAGUCUCCCAGUCCCUGUCACUGAAAAACAUCCCCAAAGUAUGAUGCUGCCACCACCAUGCUUCACCAUAGGGAUGGUGCCAGGUUUCCUCCAGACCUGACGCUUGGCAUUCAGGCCAAAGAGCUCAAUCUUUGUUUCAUCAGACCAGAGAAUAUUGUUUCUCAUGGUCUGAGAGUCUUUAGGUGCCUUUUGACAAACUCCAGGCGGGCUGUCAUGUGCCUUUUACUGAGGAGUGGCUUCCGUCUGGCAACUCUACCAUAAAGGUCUGAUUGGUGGAGUUCUGCAGAGAUGGUUGUCCUUCUGGAAGAUUCUCCCAUCUCCACAGAGGAACUCUGGAGCUCUGUCAGAGUGACCAUCGGGUUCUUGGUCACCUCCCUGACCAAGGCACUUCUCCCCCGAUUGAUCAGUUUGGCAGGGCGGACAGCUCAAGGAAGAGUCUUGGUGGUUCCAAACUUCUUACAUUUAACCUCUACGGGAUCGGUGUCCCUUUUACGGGACGGUUGUUGCUCAAUAUGCGAUAUGUGACUGGAAUGGUGUUGUAAACAACAGCCAACUUUCCAGGGCAGAAAGCUUAAAUUCUUGUUAAUCUAACUGCAGUGUCCAAUUUACUGUAGCUAUUACAGCUAAAAAAAAGACCAUGCUAUUGUUUGAGGAUAGUGCACAACAACAAAACACUUUUAUCACGGCAACUGGUUUGGUACAUUCACCUCUGAAGGUAAAUAAUGUACUUACAUUCAGUAAUCUUGCUCUCAUUUGUCAUCCUGAGGGUCUCAGAAAUAAAAUGUAGUGUAGUUUUGUUUGAAAAAUCAAUUUUUAUAUUCAAAUGUAGGAACUGGGUUCUACAGUUUGACCUCUUGACUCCACACUCACCCCGCCCGGCCAUCUAGAUGUGUGAAGGUUAGUGUCUUUUCUGUAGGGAAGCUAAUGAUCCAUAAUUUAUGACAUUCCUGGGAGUGUGCAAACUUAAACAUUUAGUGAUGUAAUUCUUCACUGGAUCAGUCUGAAACUUUGCACACAGAUCGCUACCAUCUGGUGGACAACAUCUAAUUUACAUCUAGAAUCCUGCAUCACUGUCUGGCCUUUCUCUUGCAUAAAAAAAAAAAGAAAACAAAUGUUUUUACCAGAUCUAAUGUGUUAUAUUCUCCUACAUUAAUUUCACAUUUCCACAAACUUCAAAGGGUUUACUUUCAAAUGAUAUGAAGAAUAUGCAUAUCCUUGCUUCAGGUCCUGAGCUACAGGCAGUUAGAUUUGGGUAUGUCAUUUUAGGCGAAUAUUGAAAAAAAGGGUCCGAUCCUUAAGAGGUUUUAAGAAUGAUGGAGGCCACUGUGUUCUUGGGGACCUUCAAUGCUGCAGACAUUUUUUGGUACCCUUCCCCAGAUGUGUGCCUCAACACAAUCCUGUCUUGGAGCUCUACGGACAAUUACUUCGACCUCAUGGCUUGGUUUUUGCUCUGACAUGCACUGUCAACUGUGGGACCUUAUAUAGACAGGUGUGUGCUUUUCCAAAUCAUGUCCAAUCAAUUGAAUUUACCAAUCAAGUUGUAGAAACAUCUCAAGGAUGAUCAAUGGAAACAGGAUGCACCUGAGCUCAAUUUUGAGUCUCAUAGCAAAGGGUCUGAAGACUUAUUAUGUAAAUAAGGUAUCUGUUUUAUUUUUUUAAUACAUUUGCUAAAAAAUCUAAAAACCUGUUUUUGCUUUGUCAUUAUGGGGUAUUGUGUGUAGAUUGAUGAGGAAAAUGUAUUUUAAAAAAAAUGCCAUUUUAGAAUAAGGCUGUAACGUAACUAAAUGUGGAAAAAGUAAAAGGGGUCUGAAUACUUUCCGGAUGCACUAUAUAUCUGUCUAUCUAUUAUAUCUAUAAGUACAGUGCCUUCAGAAAGUAUUCACAACCCUUGACUUUUUCCACAUUUUGUUGUUUUACGGCCUGAAUUUAAAAUGGAUAACAUUUUGAUUGUUUUGUCACUGGCCUAAACACAAUACCCCAUACAAACUCAUAAAACAUUUAAAGCUGAAAUGUCUUGAGUAAAUAAGUAUUCAACCCCUUUGUUAUGGCAAGCCUAAAUAAGUUCAGGAGUAAAAAUGUGCUUAACAAGUCACAUAAUAAGUUGCAUGGACUCUGUGUGCAAUAAUGGUGUUUAACAUGAUUUCUGAAUGACUACCUCAUCUCUGUACCCCACACAUACAAUUAUCUGUCAGGUCCCUCAGUCGAGCAGGGAAUUUCAAACCACUAAGAACAGGGAGGUUUUCCAAUUCCUUGCAAAGAAGUGCACCUAUUGGUAGAUGGGUAAAAAUAAAAUAAAAAGCACACAUUGAAUAUCCGUUUGAGCAUGGUGAAGUUAUUAAUUACACUUUGUAUGGUGUAUCAACACACCCAGUCAAGACAAAAAUACAGGUGUCCUUCCUAACUCAGUUGCCGGACAGGAAAGAAACCGCUCAGGGAUUUCACCAUGAGGCCAAUGUUGACUUUAAAACACAUACAGAGUUUAAUGGCUGUGAAAGGAUAAAUCUGAGGAUGGAUCACCAACAUUGUAGUUACUCCACAAUACUAUCCUAAUUGACAGAAUGAAAAGAAGGAAGCCUGUACAGAAUAAAAAGAUUCCAAAACAUGCACCAUGUUUGCAACAAGGCACUAAAGUAAUACUGCAAAAAAUUGGACUUUUUGUCCUGAAUACAAAGUGUUGGCAAAUCCAAUACAUACACAUUACUGAGUACCACUCUCCAUAUUUUCAGGCAUAGUGGCGGCUGCAUCAUGUUAUGGGUGGCGGCUGCAUCAUGUUAUGGGUAUGCUUGCAAUCAUUAAGGACUGGGGAGUUUUUCAGGAUAAAAAAGAAACGUAAUGAAGGUAAGCACAGGCAAACUCCUAGAGGAAAACCUGUUUGUCUGCUUUCCACUAGACACUGGUAGAUUAAUUCACCUUUCAGCAGGACAAUAACCUAAAAUGCAUUGACAAAUCUACAAUGGAGUUGCUUACCAAGAAGACAGUGAUGUUCCUCAGUGACCAAGUUACAGUUUUAACUUAAAUCUACUUGACAAUGUAUGGCAAGACCUGAACAUGGUUGUCUAGCAAUGAUCAACAACCAAUUUGACAGAGAUUGAAGUAUUUUGAAAAUAAUAAUAAUAUAAUUAUUUAUUGUGUGUCCCUUUCAGGAAAUGUGUCUUACAUCUCAACAAACACCAGCAGAGCAUCACCAAUAGGUGCAUAAAUACAUAAAUCACAAGCAAUAACUACAACAGACAACACAAUUGGGCAAAUGUUGCACAAUCCAGGUGUGCAAAGCUCUUAGAGACUUACCCAGAAAUACUUAUGUAAAUUAGAUAUUUAUUUAUUUUAUUUUCAAUUAAUUACCAAACAUUUCUAAAAAUAUGUUUUCACUUUGUCAUUAUGGGGUAUGUUGGGUAGAUGGAUGAGAGAAAACAUAUAUUUAAUACAGUUUGAAUUCAGGCUGCAACACAACAAAAUGUGGAAUAAGUUAAGGGGUAUGAAUACUUUCCGAAAGCACUAUAUGAUAUAGAGACUUGGCAUUGGCAUUUUAAUUUCAUUCAUAGGACAUUUAAUUAUACAAACACAACCAUGUUUUAUUACUGUCACGUUCGUUGAAAGACGGGUCAGACCAAGGCGCAGCGUGAUAUACGUACAUGUUUAUUUACUGAUAAACACCACGACAAAACAACAAAUGAAACGAAACAUGAAGUCCAAGGUAGCACACACAACAUACCUUACACGGAACAAGAUCCCACAACUACACAGUGCCAAUAGGCUGCCUAAGUAUGAUCCCCAAUCAGAGACAACGAGCGACAGCUGCCUCUGAUUGGGAACCACACCGGCCAACAUAGAAAUACACAUACUAGAUAAUACAACAUAGAACAUACACAACAAAGAAUAUACACACCCUGACUCAACAUAUAAGAGUCCCCUGAGUCAGGGCGUGACAGUACCCCCCCCCCAAAGGUGCGGACUCCGACCGCACAACAUAAACAUAACAGGUUAGGGGCCGUGUGGGCAUUCCGCCUCGGAGGCGGAUCCGGCUCUGGGCGUGACGACCUCUCACUCUCCGCCUCCCUGUUGCGCCCCUGGUCUGGUCUGGACCUCGGCGCGCUGCUUCCCCUCUCCUUCCUCCCACGAUACGCCAGGCCCUGUCUGGACCCUGGUGUGGGAGACCCCGAACCUGGAGAGGGGCUGACGUCAUGGUCUGGACUGGAGCCACUGACCAGAGCUGGACUGGGCACCGGUGGAGCGGACUGCUCUGGCUCCGGAGUGGAGCCGCUGACCGGAGCUGGAUCAGGCACCGGUGGAGCGGACUGCUCUGGCUCCGGAGUGGAGCCGCUGACCGGAGCUGGACUGGACCCUGGUGGAGUGGACUGCUCUGGCUCCGGAGUGGCGCAGCUGACCGGAGCGUGAUCAGGCACCGGUGGAGCGGACUGCUCUGGCUCCGGAGUGGAACAGCUGACCGGAGCUGGAUCAGGCACCGGUGGAGAGGACUGCUCUGGCUCCGGAGUGGAGCAGCUGACCGGUGCCGGACCAGGCACCGGUGGAACGGGCACGGGCCGUGCCGGACUGGACAAACGCACCACUGGUCUGGUGCGAGGAGCAGGCACGGGCCAGACUAGGAACACGCACCACUGGCUUGGUGCGAGGGACAGGAACGGGCCAGGCCGGACUGGCGACGCGCACCACUGGCUUGGUGCGAGGAGCAGGAACAGGCCGGGCCGGACUGGCGACGCGCACCACUGGCUUGGUGCGAGGAGCAGGAACAGGCCGGGCCGGGCUGGCGACAUGCACCACUGGCUUGGUGCGAGGAGCAGGAACAGGCCGGGCCGGGCUGGCGACGCGCACCACUGGCUUGGUGCGAGGAGCAGGAACAGGCCGGGCCGGGCUGGCGACGCGCACCACUGGCUUGGUGCGAGGAGCAGGAACAGGCCGGGCCGGGUUGGCAACGCGCACCACUGGCUUGGUGCGAGGAGCAGGAACAGGCCGGGCCGGGCUGUGGAGGCGGACUGGAGGUCUAGAGCGGAGAGAUGGCACAACCCGUCCUGGCUGGCUGCCCACUUUCGCACUACACGUGCGGGGUGCUGGCACAGGACGCACUGGGCUGUGCACGCGCACUGGCGAUACAGUUCGUAGAACUGGCGCAGGAUAUGCGGGACCGAGGAGGCGUACUGGAGACCAGGAGCGUUGAGCCGGCACACCCCGUCCUGGCUGGAUGCCCAUCUUCGCACGGCACGUGCGUGGUGCAAGCACAGGACAUACAGGACUGUGCCGGCACACUGGCGACACAGUACGUAGCUCCGCAUAACACGGAGCUUGCCCAGUCAUACGCCUCUUCGCGUGAGUACGAGGAGUUGGCUCUGCUCUAACCCUAGGCUCCGCCAACCACCCCGUGUGCCCCCCAAAAAAUGUUUCUUGGGGCUGCUUCUCGGACUUCCUCCGUGUUGCCGUUGCUCCUCUCCUGCCUGGGCAUCUAACUUAGCCCAUGGUCCUUUCCCCGCAAAUAUCUCCUCCCAUGACCACAAAUUGGCCACCUGUGACAUGGGCAUGGGCACACUGCUUGGUCCUCGUUUGGUGGGAUCUUCUGUCACGUUCGUUGAAAGACGGGUCAGACCAAGGCGCAGCAUGAUAUACGUACACAAAACAACAAAUGAAACGAAACGUGAAGUCCAAGGUAGCACACACAACAUACCUUACACGGAACAAGAUCCCACAACUACACAGUGCCAAUAGGCUGCCUAAGUGUGAUCCCCAAUCAGAGACAACGAGCAACAGCUGCCUCUGAUUGGGAACCACACCGGCCAACAUAGAAAUACACAUACAACAAAGAAUAUACACACCCUGACUCAACAUAUAAGAGUCCCCUGAGUCAGGGCGUGACAAAUACGCUUCAUAUGUUUGACUAUCUGCCCAUGUGGGAUUUGAACCUGCAAUAUUUGGUUCACAAACCUGGUCUUUUAUCCUCUGCACCACCAGGGAAGCUCUCUUUCAUCAUCUUUUUUCAGUAUAUAGCCAUGGUAGUAUGGCCAAUCAGGAAUUCCAUGCUUCCUUUUUAGCAUUCUUAGACAUAACUAACCCAGGGAAAUACUGGUAAGUGGGUUAUUCACCAUCACUUCACCCAUCCUCUUUAUAUGCUGCAUACUUCUGGGCCCAUAUUUACAAGGUAUCCAAGACUAUGAGGGCUGAGCUAGGAUAACUUUUGCUUUAUAUCUGGGGUGUUUUUUAAAGUUGAACAGUCAAUUUUUACACAAUGUUUUCUUUUUCAUAAAUCUGGACAAAAUAAUGAAAUCUUCUCUUAGGAGAGUAUAUCUGACCCUCAAUUUCACUUGUGUUGUAAAUAAAUAUGGUUACAGAACAUUUUGGAUUGAACUUGCAAUCUUCAGAACUGCAGCUAGAUAAUUAACCCUCUGCACCACCAUGGGACAGCUGUGGCUUAUUUUUUGUAUGGUCAAUCAGGACACAACACAAUUUCUGAUUUGUUAAAAUGUUCCCAUCCUCUUCAUAUGCUGUGUACUUUUAACACUGUACUUUAUGAUUUUCUUUCUUCUCACAUGUUGAGUCUUAUGAAAUGUGAUUUUAGUUGGAUAGAGCUUCCUUUAUGUAACUUGUAUUUUUGUGUAUUCAUAUACUUCUUAAAUACAGACUCCAGAACCUUCAAACUAAAUAUAAUUUUUUAUCAAUUUUGAAUUCAGGCUGUAACACAACAAUAUAUGGAAUAAUUCAAGGGGUAUUAAAUACUUUCUGAAGGCACUGUAUACCUAUAUAGAUGUAGAACCUAGAAUACUUAUAUCUAUACCUCUGUUUCAUCUUUCUAUCAUUUCAGUGUUGUAUCCAUAGACCGUAUGGUUGUAUUCAUUUGUCAGCUGAACACUGGUCAAUGAUGUAUGACAGUUAUAUGCUCAAUGCUAUAAUGGACAAUCAUGUGUAUGGAAUUGCAUUGAUUUUUGAUUAUCGGCAAUGAUGGAAAUGAAUGGAUUAUAUAGCACAUUGAAUUGAAUCUAUUUGAAGGUGUAAUGACGAAAGCAGACCCACCACCACAACAGACCACCUCUCUGCUCUCCCUGAGGCCUAAAGCACUCAGAUACACUAUAUAAUACACUACACACAUAACUCACACUACAGUCACCUAUCUAAAUAGAACCCAGCUAGCACAUAACGUUCUAAGAACCACAUGUUUCUUAGAGCUUGGUGAGAGCAUGGUUGUCCUUUGGUUAAUUUGCAAACAAUCUUCCCACAACUUUAUGGGAGUGGUGCACGAUAGUUGCUUGGCUUUGGAACAUUCUCAGCACAUUUAAGGAACUUUACAAAAUAAAAAUAUAUAUAAUAUUGGUAUUUCAUUACUUUAACAGAAACUUUCCUAAAAGUUCAAACAUCUUUACAUUUAAUUUAAUACAUAGUUCAGAGAACAUUAAGAAACAAUGUUCUUAUGUGGGAAUUUCUGUACUUAAGCACAACGUUUCCUACAGGUUUCCUCAUGGUUCUAUUUAAAGUCAUGUUCUCAAAUUGUUCCGAGAACGUUAAUAAAACUUUCCAUAAAAACCACAAGAAAACUAAUAUAAUAUAAUAUAAUAUUCAUUCUGUUCUCAGCAUCAACCAAAUUAUCUAUCCUCUAUCUUGUUAAGUGUGUUCAGGUGUGUUGGCCACACCCACUAAUUGGCUACAACUGAUCUUAAAGAGUGCUUGUUUCCUUUGAAAUGGGGUCUGUUUGAAAAGACAAAAAUGAACAGCUUUGUAUGCGUAAAAAACAACAACAUAGCAUGCUAGCUCCAUCGUUGUGGUGAAGUGGGUUAAUUCCAUGGAUAAAGAACAGGAGUUUAUAGGUUUGAAUCUCUCUGAUGCCUUGUCACAAUAAAAAAUAAAUGCAUUUGCAUAAUUAAUGCCUAAUGAAAUUAAUUUCCAUGUGUCCUAUUUGGAGUUCAAAAAAUUUAACCCAAAAUAAGAUAGUAAUUUUAGAAGUAGUUUUAUUGAAACAUAAUUUCUUUUCUCAGAGUAUUAAUAAGACCUCACAGAAAAACUUUAAAGGAACUAGAGUAAAACAUUAUCAGAACCUCCCUGCAACCUAAAAAUACAAGUUUAAAAAACGCUCUGUUUUACUUGUCAGGAAACGUAUGGCUUCGAAGACACAACCAAUCUGAAACCAAAAACAUACGUUCCCACAACUUCCAAGGAACCAAAUGUGCUAGCUGGGAAGGCUCUUGUUAUAUGUAUUCCAUAUUUGUUGGGAGAGAGAAAUAGAAAGUGGGGUGGGGUGAGGUGAGGUUGGAGAAAGAGAGAGACAGAAACAGAAAGAGAGUAGGGUGGGAGAGAGGGGGGAGAGUGAGAAGGAAAGAGAGAGAGGAAAUGUGAUGCUAGGGCUGUGGAGAGAGAGAGAUUGAGUGAGAGAGAAUAAGAGAGAGAGGGAGGGAGGGAGAGAAAGAGAGACAAGGAGACAACCACAAUCAGACACAGAUAACCAAAUGCCUAAAAUGUUGUUCACUCAAUAUAUAACAUGACAGAGUGAAUGGCCUUGGGGACAUGACAAGAACAUCAUCACUCUUCCCCCUGUGGUGGCUUUUAAGGGGACACUGUGGCUUACUUCUUGACCAGUGGAGGCUGCUGAGGGGAGGACGGCUCAUAAUAAUGGCUGCAACGGCAUCAAACCAUGUGUUUGAUGUAUUUGAUACCAUUCCACCUGUUCCAAUCCAGCCAUUACCAAGAGCCCGUCCUCCCCAAUUAUGGUGCCACCAAGCUCCAGUGUUCUUGACUAACAUGCUUGUUUAUUCCCUUCCCCUCCAUCUAUCUAUAGAUCCGAGGAGGAAAGCUGAUGAUUUCAAACACGAGGAAGAGCGAUGCGGGCAUGUUUGUGUGCGUGGGCACCAAUAUGGUAGGGGAAAGGGACAGCGACCCAGCAGAACUAGUGGUGUUUGGUGAGUUUCAACAUGUCUAGCAACAUGUUAAGUUGUCUCUCUCCUCCUCCUCAAAUUCACAUUCAAAUGCUCUUGCAUCUGUGUUUCCUCUUCUCCCUCUGUUGCUCACUUUUUAUCUUCUACUGUGAAUUCAUCAUCUUUUCCCUACUUCUCCCACUCUCCAAUCUUACCCCCCUCCUCUUUUGUCUCGCCAUCUUUCUCUCCUUAUUUUGCUUUUUCUCCCUCUUUCUUCCUUAACUUAGCUCUCUCUCUGACCAUAUCUGUCUCUCUGUCCGUCUGUCAGAGCGGCCCAUGUUUGUUAAGCGUCCGGUGAACCAGGUGGUGUUGGCUGAUGACACAGUGGACUUCCUGUGUGAGGCCCAUGGAGACCCCGCCCCCACCAUCCGCUGGAGGAGAGAGGAGGGAGAGCUGCCCCGCGGCAGGUGAGGAUCCACACAAACACACACACAUAGAUAGAUACACACACAGCAUUACAUUAGCAUUGGUCACCAGAAAUCAAUGAGGGUGAAUGGAUCCCAGUUAGCAUACAGUACCAUCCUAUCAGCUUUGCUCUGCUGCUGCUGUUGUUGUUGCAGGUCAGAGAUCCACAGUGACCACAGCUUGCGUCUGACCCAGGUCCGGGCUGAAGACGAGGGCACCUACACCUGUGUGUCUGAGAACAGCGUGGGAAAGGCAGAGGCAUCGGGCAGCCUGCAGGUCCAC